AUCAGGAACUGCGAACCCCUUAACCUUUGUUUGUUUACCAUAAUAGUAAUAAAGGGAACGUUUUUUGGAAUGGCAACAAGCUAAAUAUGUUCCUAUAGAUAUGUCCAGUUUUUAUAUCCCAUUUUAUGCCUUCAAUCUUUGACUGACGUUUAUAUUUUCUUAAAUCCUUUUUCACUGUCCUAUUCGAGGGCAUUGUUUACUUCCUUGUGACAGCGAAAGUGCAGCAAAUAUAGAUUAAUAACCUAAGCAUACACUAUGGUAAUUCAAGUUCAGGAACUGAAUGACGAGCCGCCACUUAUUCAAGCAAUAUUUUCUCGAAAUUUGUCUCUUGUGGAGACCCUCUUAGCCAAUCAGGAUGAUGUUAAUCACUUAGAUAGAGAACGACGAAGUCCUCUUCAUGCCGCAGCAUAUCAAAAUGAGCCUGAAAUAGCUGAAAAAUUAAUAGCGCAUGGGGCCCGAGUGGAUCCGAAAGAUUCACGAUGGCUCACUCCUUUACACAGAGCCUGUUGCAAUGAUAGUGGAGAGACUGUUGGAAUUUUGCUCAAGUACAAAGCUAAUGUUAAUGCCAGAGAUAGACACUGGCAAACGCCUUUACACAUCGCAGCUGCCAACAAUGCGAUGCAAAGUGCUACUCACCUUUUUCCAGAACUGACAAAUGUUAAUAUUACGGAUCGUAGUGGACGCACUGGUCUGCACCAUGCUGCUUACUGUAAUCACAAUGAUAUGGUUUUAUGUCUUGUGAGUUUUGGUUGUGCUGUAAAUACCCGAGACAAAAAGGAGCGCACAGCUUUGCACUGGGCUGCAUUUAUGGGGCAUGAAGAUGUAGUUUGGACUCUCCUUCAAAAGUCUGCUGAUGUGAAUGCUAGAGAUAAAAAUAAAUAUACACCUCUUCAUGCUGCUGCAGCUAGAGGUCAUUCUGGAGUUGUGGAUUUGUUGUUACAAAAUGAUGCUGUUGUUGAUGAAAUGAACUGUUAUGGGAAUACUCCAUUACAUAUUGCUUGUUUAAAUGGACACAAGAGUGUUUGUGUAGAGUUGCUGUACAGAAAUGCAAACAUAAAUGCCAUCAAUUUUAGGGGGCAGACACCAUUGCACAUUGCUGCUGCUUCGACUGAUGGAAAAGAGUGCAUGGAACAGCUUUUACUUAAAGGUGCAGAUAUUAAUGCCCAGAGUGAUGAUGGUAGAACACCUCUUCACAUGACUUGCCACUAUGGAAGGUUUACUUGUUCAAAGAUUCUUAUUGAUGCUGGUGCUGAGGUGGACAAAGAGGACAAAAAUGGAUGCACAGCCUUACACAUUGCUGCUCUGUAUGGCCAUGACAUCUUGACAGGAACGCUUCUUUCAGUGGGUGCUGAUCCUAGGAAACCUGGUUAUCAAGGUCGUACGCCACUGCACAUGUGCUGUCUUGGAGGAUAUGUUGAAUGCUGCAGAAAAAUUCUCCAAACAGGAGUAGAUCUAGAUGCACUUGAUCACACUAUGAAGACUCCACUCCAUCUUGCCGCUCAUAGAGGGAGUGUUGACUGCUUAGACCUGUUGGUUAGCAGUGGUGCCGCUUUCCAAGUGCCUGAUGCUCACAUGCGCACACCCCUACACUAUGCUGCUGAGCAGGGCCAGUUUUCUUGUCUCCUCACCUUGGUUGGCCAGGGAGCUAGGGUUAAUCAGCAGGAUAAACUCGGCUGUUCAGCAUUACACCUGGCUGCCAAAUGUGAUACUGAAGGCAACUGUGUGGAAUACCUCCUCCAGCAUAAUGCCAAUCCUAUUCUAAGAGAUUCCCAAGGUUUUACAGCUGUGCAUUAUGCUGUUGAAGGAGGCAAUCAAGUUGGAUUAGAAAAACUACUCUCCGUGCUUACCCCAAUGGAUUUUCAGACUGAUGAUAUGCCUAGGCUCACCCCACUUCAUUUGGCUGCUUAUUAUGGUCACCAUGAAAUUUUAAAGUUAUUGCUUCCAUUUUUUAGCAAUUAUAAUGUGAGGGAACAUAAUGGAAGAACGCCUUUAGAUUUAGCAGCUUAUAAAGGACAUUACAAGUGUGUAGAACUUUUGCUACGAUGUGGAGCACAGGUAUUAGUACAUGAUUUAAGAACCAAACGCACACCUGUCCAUGCUGCUGCAGCAUCAGGGAAUGAAGACUGUAUUCAACUACUUCUUAAUAAUUGUGAAAACAAAGCCGUUGUUGAUGCUAUUGACAGUCAAAAAAGAACUCCCCUGAUGAUGAGUGUGGGUUUGGGGCAUGUUAAGUGCGUGAACAUGCUCAUAAAGUAUGGAGCGAGUAUCAAUUUGGUCGAUGAAGAUUUACACCCUCCUUUGUUUCGAGCUGUUGUGAAUGGAAGCAGUGAUGUGGUGACACUGCUGGUUCAGGCGGGUGCAAAUGUUACUUGGCAAGACAAGAAAGGGAAAACGGCUGUCCAUCUGGCAGCUGCAAUGGGGCAUCUGGACUGUCUCACAAUCCUGGCUCAGGCAUGCCAUUCUGCUAGUGUUUCACUUGAUACACUCCUGGAUGGUCAACAAUGUUCUGCACUCCACUGGGCUGCGUACAAUGGACGUGCAAACUGUGUGGAAUACUUGUUGCAGUCUUCAUUCAUCACAUCUAUGAAAGGAAACCCCUUUUCGCCUGUUCACUGUGCAUCGUAUCAUGGUAGCAGAACUUGCUUGGAGCUGCUCAUGGGCACAUUUGGUAGCAAAGUUGUUCAUUUGAGAGAUGCUUUAGGAAGAACACCUCUCCACCUAGCUGCAGCACACAAUAAUGCUGCCUGCAUGAAAAUGCUUUUGCAGCAAAAUGCUUCAUUUGAAGCUAGGGAUACCAAUGGAAAAACACCACUUUUAUGUGCAGCUCAAAAUGGACACCUUUGUGCCAUUGAAAUUCUUUUAAGUUGCGGAGCAGAUGUAAAGGCCUGGGACAAUGAAGGAAAUACUGCUCUCCAUCUUGCUUGUGAGAGGCGGCAUACAAGCACUGCCCUUUUGUUGUUAGAAAAUAUGCCAAACCCUGAACACACAGUAGUCAAUAUGGCAAAUAGGGAAUUACGGACUCCAUUGCACUUGUCUGCCAAACAUGGGCUUGUAUCUGUUACACAAGCCCUGCUGGAAAAAGGAGCUUCUGUGGUGGCUGUGGAUGCCUGUGGCCUUAGUCCUGUUUUAGCAUGUGCCCCCAACCUCAAUGUGGCCCAGUGCCUUGCUCUCAUCUUAGCAACAUCACCCUCUUUUUCUGCACUGGUGCCUCUAAGAAUUCUAAACAACCAUGAGCAAAAGGAAAUUACAGAUCUCUGCCCUGAGCAACUGCAGUCUCCUUCUGGUGGUGAUCAGUCCGAUCGAUCUGAGGACUCUGAGUUUUACUAGUGAAUGUUAUAGUUUCUCCAAAUACCCAAACCAAAUGUGUCUGUGUGACAAGUGUAUAAGGUUUUUAAUAAGCUGAGCUUUUGUUUUAUCUCACCA